AGGCGGACUACAUGGUGCGCGUACUCUAGUCUGGUUGAGUUCACACAUACACAGUUCAUACUUAACUGAGAAAAGGAGCACAGCAUUUGUGUGUCACGAAGUGUUACAAAUUAAACAUUUCUUACGGAUAUUGUUUUACCAAGUGGAGAUUUUAUUUUUUAUUCUUUUCUUCAAGUGUUUUAGUUUGAACAGCGAAUUAUACUUUUAUGUUGUACGUACUUAACGGAGAAUUAGACGCAAAUAGUUGUCGUGAAACCCUACGUCAUCGGCGUCUUCCUAAUUAUAACACUAGCCCGCACUCAGUAACUGUAUCUCGUGGGUCAGAGACGCGCGCUAUGCGGACACAGCGUCGCGCCCGGACUGGCCUCUGACAACUUCCCUGCGUCCACCGAAGAAACAGAAAAACGCACGAAAGUUCGGCUUUAUAGCCCGCUAAGGUUCCUGAGCGAUGCCUGUCCCUCCUCCUCCACCUCCCCCAGCUCCACCACCCCCACCGCCACCUCCUGCAGCUCCUGCACCUCCUGCACAAUCACGGACAGACCCUCCUAAAAUCCAGCGUUCUGAGGGUGGAGGUCGCAGUGCACUCCUGUCUGACAUUCAGAAAGGGACGAGGCUAAAAAAGGUCUCACAGGUCAAUGACCGAAGUGCACCAAUCCUUGACAAACCUAAAGUGAAUAGUGUGGAUGACAGUGGAAGAAAUGCGACUGCUGGAAACAAUACAAACACAGCAGGAUCUGCUCCAUCUGCAGUGGGUCCGAGUCUGGGUGGACUUUUUUCUGGGGGAUUUCCUGUACUGAAACCAGUCGGACAAAGAGACAAACAGCCACAUCACAACCCGGUGUCUCGUUCCGGCUCUACCGCCAGCCUGAAGCAGCCUCUCUGGAACCCUCCAUCACAGGGAGAUGGGUUUAGAGGCAGCGCCCCUGAUCUUUCCCCCUCCCACAGACCUUUGGAAAGAGCCUCCUCACUGUCUAAAACUCGGCCUAUUUCCUCGUACACAGCCCCGCCCUCUCCAAGCCAAACUACACAUCCUUCUUUCAAACUGUACUCUACUCCUCCUUCAUCUGCACCUCCACCUCCUCCUCCUCCUCCUCAGGAGCGGCCCAGUAAUAGACCACCUCCUCUCCCCACCAGCCCGCCCCCACCCCCUCCUCCUCAAUCAGCCAAACCCACUUGGCUACCCGUCCAGUCAUACUCUAUUCCAAUGCCUACGACUCCGCCUCCUCCACUGCCACCCUCGGUUCCGCCAUCCUUGCUUCCUGACAGGUCAUCUGGAGUUUUCUACCCUCCACCUCCUCCACCGCCUCCAUCAGUCCCUCCAUCCUCGCUCCCUGACAGGUCAUCUGGAGUCUUCUACCCUCCACCUCCUCCACCACCACCUUCGUCCUCGGUCUCUAACAGGUCAUCCGGAGUUUUCUUCCCUCCGUCGCCUUCUCUGGGGCCGUUAGAAUUGAAGGACAGUCCUUUAGGGCCUCCUCCACCACCUCCUCCUCCUCUUCCUGCUUCGUUUGCAUGCAGUCACCCCACCUCAGCACCUCCUCCGCUACCUCAGAAAGUGCCUCCAGUGCCUUCACCCACAUACAGGCCCAGUGUACCACCUUUGCCACCGUCUUAUCCUUGUACCGCCCCCAGUAGGAGACCCCCUGCAGUGCCACGUUUUGCAGGUGCUCCACGGAUGGCUCCACCCCCUGCUCCCCCUGCUCGAUCUCCGAACACUGAACUCUCCAGUAGGAUCCCACCACCUCCUCCUCUCCCACUGUCAGCUCCACCCAGCUCAGUACGCAACGGACACCUGCACAGCUUAGAUGACUUUGAAUCGAAGUUUCACUUUCAUCCUAUUGAGGACUUCCCUCCUCCUGAAGAGUUCAGGCCCUUCCCACGUACCUACCCUAGCAAGGAGAACAGAGUCAACCCACAGCCUCCUGCCAUGAGGACUCAUGUAAGAUAAAAUGGGACAAUAUGAAGUUUGGUGCUAACGUUUUGCAGGACUGAUUUUAAGCAUCAUCCUCAUCAUCAGUGAAGAGCAGCAGCCAAAUCUGUAGGUCAAAUCAACUCACUCAAGCACCACUUUAGCAAUCUCAACUGCAUUAUCUGUGAAAACAUUCUAGUUUGAUGUAAAACUACUAUGAAGGGUUUUUUUGCCAGACACAUUUCAAGAAUGAGUUUCCCCAUUACAGCUGCAGCCAUGUUAAAACCCCUAAUUCUUAUUGAAAAAAGUGUUUACUUAUCUAAUUCAUUUUCUCAAGCGUUUUAACAUUUAAUAUGUUUCUGGAACAAAUAUAUUAUGCCUAAUAAUUUUGCUUGUCAUACCUGACAAGGUUUUAUUGAUUAUCCUAUCAGCUUUCAACAUACCCUGAAUAGACUAAAAGGGCAAA